AUGAGUAAUAUUUAUAUGUAAGAGUCAGCCACUAAGGGUAAAGUUGUAAUGAAAGCAGCUGUUGGUGAUAUUGAGUUAGAAUUAUGGGCAAAAGAAACUCCAAAGGCAUGUAGAAAUUUCAAACAAUUAUGUAUGGAAGGUUAUUGGGAUGAUACUAUAUUUUAUAGAAUUAUCAAAGGAUUCAUAACACAAAGUGGUGAUCCUACAGGUACAGGAGAAGGUGGUAAAAUGUAUGGAGAACCAUUUAAAGACGAUUUUCGUACAAGAUUACGUUCCUGUGGACGAGGUUUAAUUACUAUGGCUAAUGCUGGAAAAGAUGACAAUACUUUCCAAUUCCUCUUUACUCUUGGUUCCACAUCAGAAUUGCAGAGUAAACAUACAAUCUUUUAAUUAAUGUUUACAAAAAAAUAUAUCAAGAAUUAAUAUAAAUAUAAUAUUUCCUAUUUUUUGUGGAAUGAUAGGCUACUUUAUCCUCCAAAUAUGAUAAAUACUGAAAUAUUGAACAAUCCAUUUUCUGAUAUUAUAUCAAGAGUAAUAGUACAGGAAUGUGAAGAAGUAAAAGACAGUUCGAAAACUAAACCAGCAGGAGUAAAUGUGAUGAAGGAAAGGAUAAAAAGUAAAUUGAUAGAUGCAAAGAAGAAACCAAAGAUAGUAUAA